AUGGCAACUAUUGUUGCAAAUGAUGCUGACCAUGGUGUUUAUACAAUCACAGGAGAUGUUUCAGAAAGUCAAUUUGCAAAUAGUACAUAUCUUCGAAGCAUUGAUAUCAAAGAAUGCAGUACAAUCGGCGAAUACGGAUUUUUCAACUGUACAAACAUCACAGAUGUCAAACUUCCGGAUACACUCACUAAGAUCGGAACCAGAGCUUUCUCAGAUUGUUAUCUACUCAAUAAGAUAACCAUUCCAGAUGGUGUUAGUACGAUUGAAGACAAAUUAUUCUACUUCUGUACUUCUCUCGAAGAAGUCACUCUCCCACAAACACUCGUUACCAUUGGAAACGAAUCAUUCAGAUUUUGUACUUCUCUGAAAAAUCUUUCUCUACCAUCAUCUCUUUCUACUAUUGGUAAGAGUGCAUUCUCAGGAUGCACAAAUCUGACAUUAUUCAAUCAAAAUCUUCCGAAUAACUUACGAAAUCUUGGUAACGGUGUUUUCUCAACAUGUUCGAAAUUAACAAAUAUAAAAAUUCCAGAUUCAAUCACAGUUCUCGGUUCAUAUCUUUUCAAUCAAUGUCAAUCUCUUCAAUCAGUGACAUUUGGACCAAGUAUCACUCACAUUGGUGACUAUUGUUUCUUCAACUGCUACAACCUUGUAUCAAUUUCAAAUUUACCAAUCAUUGAAAGUAUUGGUGACAGAGCAUUCGACACGUGUUCAAAUCUCCGUUUCAUAUCUCUCUCAAACAAAAUCAAAUCUAUUGGAGUUUCUGCAUUCAAACAAUGCGAGAUAAUCACUACUACUGAUCAUACAUUCGAUUUUUCACAACUUACAGAAAUCAAAGCUGGUACAUUUUCAGAUGCUCUUCAUGAUUAUUACACUAUUCAAAUAAUUCUUUCUGAUAAAUGCAAAAAGAUUGGAGAUUAUGCAUUUUAUAUGGAUAAAGUAUAUAUUAAUCUUCAAUAUGUAGAAUAUAUUGGAGAUUACGCAUUUUACAAAACUAGUGCACCAGAAUUCUCUGAUUCGAUUAAAUAUAUUGGAAAUAGUGCCUUUUAUGGUUGUGGUUUUCGUUUUUUAAAUUUUCCACAAUACUUGACAAACAUUUCGUCUUUUGCUUUUGCUUAUGGACAUUGUGAUGAAUCCAUCAAUUUAAAUAUUCCAAAUUGUGUGACUCAUAUAUAUGGAAACGCUUUUCAAGGAUGGACUUUUGACCAAGUAAUUAUUCCGAGUUCAGUUGAAUAUAUUGACAAAAAUGCAUUUCUACAAACAAUGAUAAAUUCUUUUCAUUUCGAAAAUGGAUGUAAAAAGUUAGGAAAAUAUUGUUUUGCUAAAUCUGGUAUAAUUUCAAUGGUCCUUCCUGAUUCUUUAUUAAUUAUCAACGAAUCUGUUUUUUAUCAAACAAAAUUAGGGAGUAUUUCACUUCCGAAAAAUCUUGAAAAAAUUUGUAAAUUCGCAUUUAUUUUUGAAAGAUUUGAUAUAUGGUAUCAAUUUAGUAGUACUCUAUCAAUUAUUUUCCCUGAAAGCUUGAGAAUAAUUGAAGAAAAAGCAUUUUAUAGGCAUGUCUAUCUUAGAAGUAUUACAUUUUUAAGUAGCAAUAUAACAAUUGGAGACUACGCAUUUUAUGGUAUAGCAAAUGAUGAUGAAAAUGGUAAUAACUAUCCUGAUAUAUAUAAUUGGCAUUCAUAUGAUUAUUUAGAUCCAAAAGAAUAUGUAAACAGAAUUGAUGAACAAUUGAAGGAAUAUGCUGCAAAUGUUGAUUUUUGCCAAACAUAUUCAGAAGGAGAAAAAGUAAAGAUUGGUAAAAAUGCAUUUCUACGUGCUUGGAUCAAUAUAAAAUUCCCUCCAAACAUGGAUACAAUAAGUGAUUAUUGUUUCACGUCUGCGUUCAUUUUCGAUCUUGAAAUUCCAAACACAAUAACAAAAAUUGGAGAUUAUGCAUUUUCGAGAGCUGUUUUUAAACCAUUCUCAACAAAUAACUUAAACAGGAAUUUAAAAUUUGGAACAAGUACAUUUGCAUACACAAUUAUUAAUAAUUUCACACUUCCAUCAGGAAUAUCGUUUGUUAAUCCUGGUUUGUUCUCAUCUUGUCAAUGCCUGAAAUCAAUUCAAAUCCCUCAUGUUGAUUACAUUGGUAAAUAUGCUUUUUUCAACUGUAGCAGCUUAGAACAUGUUUACAUAAAUUAUGGUUGCAAAGAGAUUGGUGAAUUUGCAUUUUCACAGAGUGGAAUCAGUUCAAUCACAUUCCCUGAUUCAAUAACAAAAAUUGGAAACAAUUCAUUUUCACAUUGUAUCAAUCUCAAGAUAUUCUCAGUCCCAGAGAAUUUGUUAUCUGUUCAAUAUCAGACAUUCGCAAACUGCACUAAUAUAACAUCAAUUGAUCUACAUCAUGUAUCAUCAAUAAGUUCACUUGCAUUCUAUCAUUGUAUUAAUUUGAUCAAGAUUAUCAUUCCUCGAAAUUGUAAAAUUGUUGAUAGUUAUGCAUUCAGUGACUGUUCGAGUCUUUGUUCUGUCAUCAUUUGUCAGAAUGUCACAACAAGUCCUUUCUCAUUCUCAAACUGUACAAAUCUUAAUUUGAUUGUCUUCAAAGACACAUCAACAAUCAAAAACUACACAUUCACUAACUGCACAAAUAUCCAACACAUUGUGUUAAAUCAUUCAGUUGGUUUUGACGAAUUUCCAUUUGAUGAAUCUCUUCCAAAACAAAAUUGA